AUGAAUGACACAAAGGCCAAAGCCAAUAAUACUCCUCAGUGCUCUCGAGUUCAAGGAGACUGCAAUGCGCAGCCGAAAAGACAAACUCGCUAUUCGAAAACAGAAACCAAUAUUCGCCUGAUUCAAGAAGCCGAAGCUGUACUCGACAAGUUUUGGAAUCAAGCUGACGAGGUAGAAAAGAAAGUGAUUAAUACCCCAGAACUUGGAUUUACUGAGGAAACCCGGCUACAAUUUGAAAGCGCUUUUCUUGUUUCGGGAAAUUAUACUCUCAAGCGAACUGCGGACUGGGUAGAGCCACCCAAAUCUGCAAAAGCGGCACCGAAACGGUCCUAUUCAGAGACCUUCAUUUUUUCAGAGCAAGGAACAGAAGCUCCAAAAUUCUCACCAGAACGACCAAGGAAAAAGGUGAGAACUCGAGGCACGCCGGGCCCUGCACGAGCAGCAUUGCAAGAACCGGAAACGGCAGCACCGGCUGAACAGGCCCAGGAACAGACUGUGUACGAAGUUGAUGCUCGUGCCUUCAAAGUACUCAGCACUUUGUCCUGGCAGCCAACUUACUCCUCUACACCUGGGGGAGUAUUCUGGAAUGAUUUUCUCUACGCAAUGCAGAAUAUUGGUAUCACGGCCGAAUGCGAGGCUCGAACUGGCAUUUUACACCCCCAGAAUCCCAGCGGGAUAAGGGAUCCAUGA